UGAGUCUGUAUAGUUGAAUUGGUUUGGUUUUUUGGAUUCUAUCUGUACUCAUAGUCAGUUUUUUAGUUGAAUUGGUUUUAGUUGUUUAGGGAAUGCAGACUAAAAAAAAAAAAGGCAACUGAAAAAUAUACAUGUGAUUCCUGUUGAUUUUCUUAUAUAUAUGGUCUUAUUCAAAGCAUGUGCAUAUAUAAUUACUGUUGAAGUUCAUAUGUUGUUAUUCAACUACGAUGUAUAUUACAUGAAUCAUGGACUAUCAUACCAUCCUCCUUUGUACAUUUUAUUAUAUAUACCUUGAUGCUAGCAUCAGAAGUCGCUUACUUAGUAUUAUAUAUAUCCUUCUCCUACUUGCUCAGUCUUUGAGUCUAGGAACUAGGUAAGUUAGUAGGUUUAAAUUAUCUGGAGGAGUUUGUGAUUGUGUAUCUCUCUGUGUGUGAGCUAGCUAGUUGGAUUUCUCAUACUUUUCACUAGCCAUCAUUCGUAUUUUUCACUAUUGCUUCUUCAAAAUCCUGAAAUUCCCACCUGACUGAUUAUACAGCCACAGUCUGUAACUAUCCCUUCUUUAAAUCUAUGAUAAUGCACUUUUGCCUAUGGAUAAUGAACUAAAUACUCAAAAACUUUUGUCUCAGUUUAGGAGAACAAAACUUUGAGGUUAUCUUCGAUAUAUUCGAAGCCCAUCAUUUCCAAAUGUUUACAGUUGAUUAUUUGAUCACUUGUUAACUUAUCUUUUUGUUUAAAUUUCAGAUAGGGUAAGAUCUACGUGAUUGCUGCUCAGAAGUCUUCAGCGAAAGGUGGUGACUAUGAAAAGAACAAAAUUCAGCGGCUUCAACACAUUCUUGAAAAGUCUUUAGCACUACAAAAUGAUUGAAAUGAAACUUCAAGUCGAUCUACAGAAGGAAAGUAUUCUGUUAUGUUGAUGAACUGGCGCAGAGCCAGAACAGGAGGAGAUGUCCGAGCUGCAUGUUCUAUGUCGAAAAGUCGGUUGGUUGCUCCUACACGAAGUGCAGAACCCUAGGAGAGUUUCUCUCAACCCUAGUUUGUCUACGGCCUCCUUGCCUCCCUCAACAAUUGCUUCGUCCCCUUCUCUUCUUGUCUCCUUUCUCAUUGACUAUGGCCUCCAUUUAUGCCGUAACAUCGAGCUUUGCAGCCUCGCCUGCUCUUGCUGAAGGGGGUCGUGCCCCAGAUCUGGGGAAGAUCGGUGGAGGUCCUGUACGCAAGUCCACCGUGACCGCGACAAAGGGUAGCGCGCUGCCCUUAUACCAUCAAUUCGACAGACGAUCAGAUGGAUCUAUUUUCUUUCACUGGGAUCAAGCGAGCGUUGAUUGCUGUUUGGGCAGGGUUGUCAGCUCAAGGGAUCUAAUAUGGCUCUGGGAUCCGGGUCCUAGAUGGUGGCUUAGCUGUUUCCUUGCAGCUCUGUCAUUGAUGGUGAUGGUAGUGGUGUGGGGCUGUGCACACGUGAGGCUGACGACGGAGGAUAUGCUGUGUGUCGAGAUGGGGUUUGGUGGUCGGCUAGAGUGGUGGUUGACCACGGCGCCGUUCAGUGCUGCUACGUCGGAGAUGCAGACGCGGUCAAUGUUGAUGGCCGCGUGGAGAUGGCGUGAUUGGAUGCCAAACAGAAGUUGGGUGUCCAGAUCAAAUCUAGCAAAGGCUUUGGGUUGCUGUUGGGAUCAGAUCAGAAUCCAUUCAAUGGGCUUAACCUCUCCAGGGGGGUGGAUUUGGGACCCAGGAGAUGCGAUGAUGUUGUUCAAUUCUCCUGUUUUCUUUUCGCUGGGGAUGCUGGUUUCACUUUCCGGUAGACUGUUCGCUUCUAUAUUCUACAAAGAGUCUCAGUACAUUCACGCUGUGAGUACCACUAUGGGAGAAAAUUUUGAUGAGAUGAUGAAUCUGUUAUUGGUAAUAGGACUGGAAUUAGUUACGCCAUGUUUUGGAAGCUUGGCUCGAUUGUCUUAUAAACAACUGAUCAAAAUCGCUCAUGGGCUUGAGAAUUCUAAGCAGGAUUUUGUCUGGAUUAUUGGGAAAGUGUUUGCAUAUGAGAAUGAGGAUCAUAAAGAUGAGAAAAAUUGGCUUGUGGGUUUUGAGAAGAGAAUGAGGGAGAGUCAGAGGGGUUGUGAUAAGGGGAUGGGCUCCUCAGAUUUUGAUGCUGGAGCAUAA